CCAGAGACACAUUUCUUAAUUAGAUAGUCCUUUUCGUUGAAGGGUUUCUUUAAUUUUCAAAGAUUGAUCGAAUGAUAGGGUUAGAGGAUAUCUACAAGGUGGUUGCAGCCACUGUUCCACUCUAUGUGGCUUUACUUUUAGGUUAUGGUUCGGUUCGAUGGUGGAAAAUCUUUACGCAUGAACAAUGUGACGCCAUCAACCGGUUCGUAUGCUUCUUCACCCUCCCUCUCUUCACUUUCGAGUUCACAGCUCAUAUUGACCCUUUCAAGAUGAACUAUCGCUUCAUUGGUGCUGAUGCCAUCUCCAAAGUUAUUAUUGUGGUCGUUCUUGCAUUUUGGACAAGGUUUAGUAGCAAAGGAAGCUAUUGUUGGUGCAUAACAAGUUUCUCAUUGUCUACUUUGACCAACUCUCUUGUUGUAGGUGUGCCUUUGAUCAGGGCUAUGUAUGGUCAAGAUUAUGUUGACCUUGUUGUACAGGGAUCAGUGAUCCAAGCCAUCGUUUGGCUCACUUUUCUCUUGUUUCUGUUGGAAUGUAGAAGAUCAACAAAGACCGAUUGUUCUGUCAAUAUUGCCACGGUUGAAUUAAAAGAUUUAGAAGGGAACCCAAAAUCUUUAGAUGAUCAUCAAGUCGGGGUUGCUAAGUCGUCGUUCAUGUCAUUGAUGAAAGUUGUGUCUUUGAAACUUGCCAUGAACCCUAAUUCAUAUUCUUGUGUCAUCGGCAUCAUCUGGGCAACUUUAUCAAACAGGUUUAACUGGCCAAUGCCGAUCAUGAUUGAAGGAUCAGUGUUGAUCAUGUCUAAGGCAGGGACAGGCACUGCAAUGUUUAGCAUGGGGUUGUUCAUGGCAAAACAACAUAAAUUGAUAGCAUGUGGAAAAACUCUGACUGUGAUUGCCAUUCUUCUAAAGUUUUUGGCCGGACCGGCAGCUAUGGCAGUCAGUUGCAUUGCCAUGGGUCUACAUGGGGAUGUUCUACGUGUUGCGAUCAUUCAGGCUGCCUUGCCACAAUCCAUCACCUCAUUCAUAUACGCAAAAGAAUACGAAUUACAUGCAGACGUACUUAGUACUGCGGUUAUCUUCGGCAUGAUUGUCACUCUCCCAAUUUUGGUUGGAUACUAUGCUGUCUUGGAAUUUCUACACUGAUUCCUUUGUGGGGUGCGAGCGACCUUGGUGGUUGUAAUAGAAGGAGAAUGGAAUGCUUAAUUAUCAGAUAUCGAAUAAAAAAAGGCAUUUUCUAACAAAUUAAUU